CUCAGGCUCACGCGCGUGCGGGGUUCCUGCCGCACGGGCUGCCGGGAAGAGGAUUCAAACGAUCUUGGGGGAGCGCGCGAGAGCCGAGUCCACGAUGAGGCGAUCGGGGCGGCUUAGUCUCCGGCGGCGGCAGGAUAUGGAUACUCCUGAUUCUGGAGGCAUGACCCCUUUAGGAAGAAAAACUGCAGAGACUGGAAUCAACAUUACAAGUACGACAGGUUACUCAAGAGGUUUGACAUUCAUCAGGACACACACCCUGUUUGGUCAGAGCCCAACUAGAAGAAUAAUUCCACAAACAUCUUUACUGCAGGAAAAUGCAGAUCCUCAGAAGAUAGCAUUCCUUCUACGCAAACAGUGGACCUUGUAUAGUGUGACCCCCAUGUACAAAUUCUCUUAUGGUAAUCUGAAGGAGUAUUCUAGACUUCUGAGUGCCUUUGUUGCUGCUGAAAAGCAGAAAGGACUUGCUGUAGAAGUGGGCAAUGAUUUUGGUAUCAAAGUGACUUUGUCCACGCUUUUAGGACUCAAAGGUACGGAUCAAGACCAGGUUGCAAUCCUUGUCCAGAUUGCAUCAAGAUCUCAGCUCCCAUUUGAAAAUGCAGAAGACAAAGUGGUGUGGUCAGGCUGGUUCUGCUGUAUAUCUGGAGAUGAUCUUUUGGAGAGUGUACCAGAGGAUUUUACCUGUUUAUCUUUGUUCCUUGCCAAUGGGGCAGAGAGUUACACAGCCAUAGUUGGCAGUUGGUUUCAGAAGACUUUUGACUGUUAUUUCAGUCGUUUAACCAUCAGCCCACUCAAUCUUGCCUGGAUGGCUGCUAUGUGGACUGGGUGCAAAGUGGACAGUCAUAUGGCUGCAACAGAACUUGUUUUCUCUGUGCCCUGCAUUCCCCAGUCUCUGGACAUUUCAUAUGCCAUACACCCUGAGGAUGCAAAAGCCUUAUGGGACACAGUGCAAAAAACUCCUGGGGAAGUUACUCAAGAAGAAGUGAAUUUAUUUAUGGACUGCCUUUACUCUCACUUCCAUAGACACUUUAAGAUCCACUUGUCAGCCACAAGACUGGUGAAAGUCUCUACAUCUAUAGCUUCAGCACACUGUGAUGGGAAUAUAAAGAUCUUACAUAGCAAGCACCUAAUAGGCGUGUUGACGCUGCUGACAGAGCUGGCGAUCUCACAGAUACAAUGAAACCUUGUACUCUAUACCUGCUGUCCUAAAAAACUUAUAGAUGCUCUGCUUGGACCACAUUAAGUCCAUCUGCAGUAGAUUCAUGUUUGAGAGACACUGACUGUAGAAAGCUGGCUUUCCUGCAGAUUUUUUUAGCCUCACAAAACUCCAGUCCACCAAGUGAAAGCAUAUUAGUUUCAUUUGACCUCAUUGGUUCCUGGACUGAAAUCCACAAUGGGUAAUGAAGCAAAGAGGGCCAUCGGAGGAAAAUAAUAUAGUUGCACAUUUUGCUAUAAUAAAGUAACAUUUUGUAAUGAUUCAAGUAUCAUUUAAAGGGUGGGGCAUGAGAUGGAAUACUGCUCCUGCUCCAUAGCCUAGAUCAGUGGUUCUCAAUCAGCACACAGCUGCAACCCAUGUGACAUCCUUAGGGCCAUACAGGUAGUAUAU